AGGCUUUUAUGGAUUUUUUCUCUGCUGAUAGGAAGCAUCAGCUGCUUUCCUCAACAAGGAGGUAGUGGAGGUAUGUACCAUACAGGACAAGGUAUACCCAAGCCAACUUAUCAAAACCCUCAGGGACAAGCCGGUGCUUAUGGGGGUUCCAGUGGCACUGCAGGAUCAUCCGGUGGCCACACUGGUGGAGGUCAGGGCUACCCUGCAGGUUAUGGAGGUACGUACCACACAGUGGGAGCCUCUGGACAAGUUAUGCCCAGGCCAACUUAUCAAAGACCGCCUGUACAACCCGGUCCUUAUGGGAGUUCCGGUGGCACUGCAGGAUCAUCCGGUGGCCACACUGGUGGAGGUCAUGGCUACCCUGCAGGUAGUGGAGGUAUGUAUAUGGCUUCCGCCUCUGGGCAAGGUCCAGCCAAGCCAACCCACCAGAAACCAUCUGGACAGGUUAGUCAGCAGCACAGGCAGACUCCCCAGACUCCCCAGCAUCCCCAGACUCGCCAGCAUCCCCAGACUCCCCAGCAUCCCCAGAUUCCCCAGCAUCCCCAGACUCGCCAGCAUCCCCAGACUCCCCAGCAUCCCCAGAUUCCCCAGCAUCCCCAGACUCGCCAGCAUCCCCAGAUUCCCCAGCAUCCCCAGAUUCCCCAGAAUCCCCAAGUUCCCCAGAAUCCCAAGGAUCCACAAGUUCAACAAGAGAGCUUUACGGGUACUGAAGCUGAUGAGCCAGUCUUCACUCCUGUGAAUCCUGAGGAUCAGGUGUAUGCUUUCAAGACUAGGUCCCAGUACAACAAAAGACGAUUAGUUUUCAAUCAGUUCAGGUACACCCCAACAGAGCCGCUGCAUCCCGAGGAGCCAAUAAUUCUAUACCCUGGGGAUAAGAUUGGGGAGAAAGGCAAAAAAGGAGGCUUCUGAAGCCCUUUUUGGUCUCCAUGUUCCAGAGGUGUCGUUGAAUCUUCAAACUGCACAAGACUAAAUAAAUGACUUUUUAUAAUUGUUGUGUAACUGGAAAUGCUCUAGGUAUCUAAGUAUUGGUUUUGGAAAAGGAGAAUGGAAACUUCUGAAGCUAUGUCGAAGGACUUGGCUGCAAACAUGCUACGCACCUGUAGACUGAACAGUAUAUAAUUUGGCUGGUUGCCCCACCUGUUCCCCACUUAAUUUUCUGAGAAUAUUGCUUUUUGUAUCUACUUGUGAAGAAAACACAUUAUUCAGUGUAGAACUUUAUUAUGUUGAUUUAAGGAAAUUAUCACAUAUUAAAGUUCAUUACACAUUUACAUGGAGCUUUUUGUAUGUCAUCAACUAGAGAAACCAUGACAUGUUUCUUAAGAAAAAGUUUCACAUUAGGCCUACUAGUGUUUCACUGGCUGGAUUUUGCUAAUUUAUCUGCUGCUGCUUCUUAACUAUAAAACCAAAUA